UCAUCAGUCACUCGCCGAACAGCAGUACGAGAUCAUCCAGUCCAGGCAUCUGCACAAGGGAUUUAUAUCGGCUCUCUGGCGCUUGCCAACUGAAACCUCAUGCCAUAUCUUUCACUACUGUCUCCCUAAACGUAAACAUUUGUCGCCCGCAGCAAAGCUGGCCCCCGUGCUACUGACCAGAAUAUGCCGACGGUGGAGGGAGGUUGCUGUAGGUAUGCCUGGUUUGUGGUGUAGGUUGUCUGUGGAAGUCGACUACGGAAACUGGCAGUCGGCAGCAUUUUUCUAUGACUCGUGGCUCGAGAGAUCACAAGGACGUCCGCUCUCAUUAGCACUCGGGCACUACCCAUCGACCAACCAAUUACGAAGCCUUCUUCAGCCUUACAUCAAUCAAAUCAGGUCUCUCCUCCUACUUUCCAUCAGAGAAAGCCAACUUGAAAGUUUGUUGGAAGACCUACCAGCACUUCAGGAGCUGGUAAUAGCAGGGAUGAGUCCUUACAGAGCAGCUUUUGUACGAUCUAUCUCGAAACUUCUGUCCACUAUGCGCAGUCUCAAGAUCCUUGACGUGAGUCCACCCUUCGACCUCGAGCAUAUAAAUUCUUGCAGUCCCGUGUGGGCCCAUCUGACAAAUGUCGAAAUCACCGUAUAUUUCGCGAAUGGAGUCCUGCUCCUACUCCAAUUAUGUCUCAAUCUCUCCUCGAUCACGAUCGACGUAACACGUGAACCAAAAAAACCCUUAGAGCCACUUACGCACACCGGAAUCCAGACCUUUUGCAUCGCCGAUACUUAUUCUACCACACACCAAGACUUUUUGUCAGACCUCUUCAAUGCUCUAUCACUGCCCAAUUUGCGCGUUCUCAAAGCUCUCAGCGGUGCCAAUGCAGUGCCUCAUCAGUUGUUGGUGGCAUUUUUGGCGCGGUCAAAGUGCCCCCUGGAGAGCCUGAUUUUCAGCGGUCGGGUGAGGAUGACAGACGUAGAGCGAGCGGAAUACGUUGCCCUUAUUCCUUCCAUUGACAUUGUGGAGGAUCCUAGUUGCUGAUCUUUUACAAGAGACUCGGUCGUUUCAGGU